AUGAAGACACCAAUUAAUUCAGAGCUAUUAGAUCAAUAUAUUGGUAUGGGAUUUUCUAGAGAAUUGAUUCAAAUGGCAUGGGAGGAAAGUAAUAACGAGAGUGAAGUAAUCAAUACUCUACUUACAUUGGCAGAUAAAAACAAUGCACUUUCAAAUACACCAACAGUAUAUAUUUUGAAUAUAGAUUCAUUAGAAACAAGAUGAAGAGAUUUUACUUAAUUAAGCUUUAAUUGAUUCUUACAAAACUAAUCCGUAAGGUGGUGCUACAACUACUUUUGAGAAUGUAUCACCUGAAUAAAGAAAAAGAAAUAAUGGUGUUCCAUGUGGUCUUAAAAAUGUAGGUAACACUUGCUAUUUUAAUGGAUUGCUCUAAACGUACUUCUUUAAUAGUGAUUUUGUUAAAAUUAUUAUCAAAUUUCAACCACCAGCAUAAAUUGAAUAAGGAAAAUAAGGUUAAUCCAUUUAAUUAGUCUAACAUCUAUAGAAUUUAUUUAUCAGUAUGAUAGGAAGUGAUAAAAAAUAUGUUGAUCCAUCUGAUGUUGUCAAAAGUAUUUGUGAUGAUUUUGGAAAUGUAUUACCUAUUGGUGAUUAAAAAGAUGUUGGAGAAUUCAAUCAUUAUUUCCUUAGUAGAAUUGGAGAAGGUCUUGCUUAUAAUGAACAUUAACCUAGUAAAAUUGAAGAUAUUCCACAUGAAGGGGGAUCCUCUAUUUUAAAAUAAAAAUCUUCCACUGUUCAUGAUGAUGAUGCAGUUUCCAAAUUAUUCUUUUGUAAAGUUCAUCAUUUCUUAUAAUUUGAUUAAGCAGGAGUACCUCAUAGUAGAGAUAGUACUGAACUUUAUAAUUUUAUUCCUAUUGAUUUAAAAGAUGGAAAUCUUUAUGAUGCUUUUGAUAAUUUUGUUAUCAAUUCUAUUGAAGAUUUCAAAAAUGAUUUAAGUGAAAUUGUUUGUGCUACUAAAUACAAUUGGAUUUAAGGUACACCACAAACACUCUCAUUUUAAAUUUAAAGAGUUACUUAUAGUAAAGAAAAAAGUAAUCUAUUUUAUUUUAUUUUUUUAAGAUGAUCUUAUUAAAUAAAAUGAUGAAUUUUAUUUUGAAGAAGAAAUCUAUUUGGAUCGCUUCUUAAAUUAGAAUAGUAAAAAAUAUUUGGAAAUUAGAACUUAAAAUAAAGAAUUGAAAGAUAAAUAAAAAAAAAUUAAAUUAGAAUUAUAACAAUUUUCAAAAUUUGAUGAUAAAUACGAUUUAUAAGAUAUUCUCUUAACAACAAUCAAAUUUUUAGAAAUGUAAACAAAAGAUAAUCCUCUAAAUCCACUUAAUUUCGGUGAUUCCAAUCAAAAACUUACCAUAGAUCAUUUACUAAAAUAUUCAUAGCAAGUCUCAAAAAAAAAAGAAGUCUUGUAAUAAUCAUACAAUAAUCUUGAAUAAAAAAUCUAAGCUUCUUAUAAUAAUUUUAAAGAAAAUAAAUAUAUUUUAUAAUCCAUUUUAAUCCAUGAAGGAAUGGCUAGUAUAUAAUUUAAUUAUCAUUUAAGAUUCUGGUCAUUACUAUACUUACAUCAAAGAUUUCAGAUUAGAUAAAUGGUUUAAAUUUAAUGACAUUCGUGUAACAGAAGAAACUAAAGAAAAAGUAUUUCAAGAUGCUUUUGGUGUCAAACCUGGUAUAAAUGCAUAUUUACUCGUGUAUGUUAAAAAUGAUGUUGUAUAAGAGGAAUUGAGAUACCCAAAGAGAUUGUACAAAAUAAGUUCGGAAAAAGAUUAUUUAUAGGAUGGUUAUGGUGGUUUUCUUUGCAAGGCUUAAAUUGAUAGUAUUACUAGAGAGAAUCAAUUAUUCUAGAAUGAAAUUGAAGAUUAUAAAUAGGCUAGAAUAAUAGAAAGAGUUGCAGAAUCAUAUCAAACAAGAUUUGAAUUUGUAAAUGAACAUUUUCGAACAAUUAUUAAUAAGACUUAAGGAAUUAAAUUUAAGCCUCUAUUUACUUUAAAUUUCCCAAUUUAUAUUAAAUGUAAGGCUUCAUAAUUAUCAAAUUAAAAUACAUAGCAUGAUAAUUUAGUAAAAUGGAUUAUUUUGGAUUCUGCAUUACGUGAAGUUUCAGAAAAAAAAUAGGGAGUUUUUGAUGGAUAAUUAAGUGAAGAUGUAUAAAAUUUAUUAUAAUAAAAUGUUAGUUUAAAAAUAAAAUCAUAAAUAAAUUUUCAGUUUAAUUUAAUGAAUUUAAGAGACCUUCAGCAAAAUUGGCUUAUUCUGAAUAGAAUGAUUUAAAUAAAUUUGAAUAAGAAUAUCAAUAAUAUGUAAAUUUAGGAGCAUGGGCUUCAAUAAGUUUAGAUUGUUUAUAAAAAAAAGAUUUUAUACAAACUCUUUAAGUUUUAUAGCAUUUAACAAAGAAAGUGAAGAUGUUAGACUAAUAGAAUUACUUCUUUAAAUUUGCAAAGAAUUUGAAAACUUUAGUUCCUCUUAUAAUAAUUUGUAAAAUGAUUCCAAAAGAGAAUGAAGUCAAUAUAAAAGAAUUAUAAUUAUUAUAAGCAUAUAUGGUGCAUAAUCAUUUUUAAUAUGAUGAUCCAAAGAAUUGGAAGGGUUAAAUAAGAAUAAUGUUGAAUGCAAUAAUAGAGAAUCAUGAAUGCUAGGGUAUAAAAGAGGUUAUAGCUAAUUUUGAGAGUGAAAAUAAGAUAAAAGAAUAGAUGGAUUAAUUAGAGUUUGUUUGUGAGGUAUGAAAAUGAUGUGAUAAUGAUAGGAAGUUAAGAAUUAAUAAAUAAUAUUAAGUUCUUCAUAUGAGAUUAAUUUUUGGAAUACAUAUUAGAAGCAAGAUAUUAUAUUUGAUAAUUUGGUAGAAGGGAUGAAUAAGUUGAAAUAAUAAUUCGGAGUAAGAUAUAUCGAGAAAUGUUUAGGUGUAUGUAUAAAUUCAAAAGGAAAUAAAGGAAGUAUAAGCACCGCUAGUGAAAGAGCAAUUAGAAAAAAUGAUAAAAUGA